GUUGUCAUCGAUCACGGGCAGGCGCAAUUGCCGAAGGAGGUGGAAGCGGGUAAAGGGUAAAGUUUAGCUGAAGAGUGAAGCAGAAAUUAGAGUAUGCAAGAGACCUUUUAUAAACAAUCGAUUGAGUCAUGUAAUUCUGAAUUAUAAACUACUCGUUUCAAAUUUGCUCCCAAGCUGGGCAGCAGGAACUGGGCCUAGACCGUGUGACCGCCACCAUCUUUAUCGGGGGCGGUGUUCAGCAAGGCGCCUUUGUGGCUGCCAUCUUUAUUGGGGGCAUUAAGGUUCAGGACCCCAACCGUGUUCUCCUUUUUACAGGGGGAGGGGAGGUUAGGGGAAGAGCAUUUGCACACAGCUGAACAAUAAAUGCUGAAUUCGCCAACAACACCCACAUCCUGUGAACGAAUGUUUUUUUUGUUUAAAAACACUCUGAUGGAGACACUUGAUCCGCUAGGACCUGAAUUACCGGCCUUGGGCAGUGGAGGAAACGUGUCUGUUUGUGGGAAAGGAUCUCAGGUGUCAUGUGACGAGAGAAGGGUCCAAAUUAUUCCAACCCUGUUUAGAUCACACCCGGAUAAACUUCCUUUUUUUUUCAUUCACUCGCAGGAUGUGGGCGUCGCAGGUUAGGCCAGCAAUCAUUGACCAUCCUUAAUUGCCCAGUGGGCAAGUUGAGAGUUGGAGCAUAGGCCAGACCAGACAAGUGGAUAUGAGGCCAGAUGGGAGACUGGAAUUAAAACCACAAACAGACCAGCCAUCAUUUACUGAAUGGCAGAGCUCGAAAGACUGAAUGCCUUCCUGUUCCUAAGUUCCAAAUCCCUAUGUGUUGGAGCAAAUCUUUCCAGAGAUGAGAUCAGGAGACAGCAGAGCUUGAGGUACUAUGGAACAUGGAAGGAAAAAGUAGCAUUCACCUUGGUGGGAAACCGUACAAAUGUUCUUUGUGUGGGCGAGGCUUCAGCCAGUCAUCAGGUCUGUCGCGACACAAGCGUAGUCACACGGGGGAGAGGCCGUGGAAAUGUGGGGACUGUGGGAAAGGAUUCAGUCACCCGUCCCAACUGGAGAUCCACCAGCGAAGUCACACGGAGGAGAGGCCGUUCACCUGCCCCGAGUGUGGGAAGGGAUUCAUUCACCCGUCAUGGCUGCAGGCUCAUCGCCGCAGUCACACCGGGGAGAGGCCGUUCACCUGUUCCAAAUGUGGGAAGGGAUUUAUUCAGUUGUUCAACUUGCACAGACACCAAAGCACUCACGCGGGGGAGAAACUGUACGCGUGUUCCAUCUGUGGACAGGGCUUCAGCCAACCAUCCGACCUCUCAGAGCAUAAAUGCAGACACAGUGGGGAGAGGCCGUGGAAAUGUGGUGACUGUGGAAAGGGAUUCAAAUCCCCAUCUGAGGUGGAAACGCAUCGGCGCAGCCACACAGGCGAGAGACCGUUCACCUGCUCCGACUGUGGGAAGGGCUUCACUUGUUCUUCCAAUUUGCUGACACACCAACGAGUUCACACCGGGGAGAGACCGUUCACCUGUCCAGACUGUGGGAAGAGAUUCACUCAGUCAUCCCAGCUGCUGACCCACCAGCGCAUUCACACCGACGAGAGAGUUUUUAAAUGCCCGGACUGCGGGAAGCGCUACAAAACCUCCAAGGAAUUGACAUCCCACCAAAGGGUUCACACUGACCAGAGACCGUUCAGGUGCUCUCACUGCGGGACUGGGUUCAGGCAGUCAUCUCAACUCACCGUACACCAGCGAACGCACACUGGAGAGAAGCCGUUCACAUGCUCCGUGUGCGGGAAAGGAUUCACUCAGUCAUCCAGCCUGCUGAUGCACCAUCGUAUUCACACCGGAGAGAGGCCAUUCACCUGCUCCCAGUGUGGGAAGGGAUUCACUCAGUCAUCGCACCUGCUGACACAUCAACAAGUUCACAAGAAACCACAGUGAUUGGAUUUUGCUGUUAAUCAAAUCCAGGCCUGAACCAUGUUCAUUGGGGUCUGUUUCUAUUGAUGAUGCUAAACUCCAGCCCAGUUAUAGCCGUUAACAUUUUGGAUACAGUCAAAUUAAUUUUGUGCUCAGUAUAUGGCAUGUUGAGUCUUUUUAAUAGCUCAAACACAAGUUACUACUUUUUGAAGGGGUCUCUCUCUCCCUUAUCUCUCCAUCUUCACUUCUAACAACAACACGUGAGGAGCUUAUUCAGAUUUGUUUUGUGACUAAAAAUGAGAUAAUGUGAUCAGCUGCCUCCCUCUUCUUAUCUACAAACUCACUGGGUCAUAGAGUUUCUUCUUUGUCCCAACAUUAAAUUCACAUCUUUCUCCAGUAGCCCUCCAAAUCUUUCCUCAUGCCCUAUCAGAAUGCACCUUGUCCAUCAGAUCCCCUUCUUCUCCCUUGAUC